GUGCAUAGAUAAAGAGGGUUUUACAGAUAAGGUAAACUAGGUAACGUAUGGUCACUAUAUCCAGAUAUGUGUCUCCUACACUAUCGUUAUACUGUUAACAGCAAAGGUAGACUGCAUUUGAAAACAGAGCAAUGCUUACAAACUUCAAGCGAACCCUUUUUGCAAGAGUGGCUUUACAAAUACCACUAAUCUGGUCAUGCUAUGGGUACAUUAACAAAAAGUCCGAUGACUUGGACAUAGUGGCACUGAAGACGAUAGUAGAGCAACAAGCAGCGAUGAUCGCAACACUUCAAAGUGAGAUGACGGCCCUCAAGAACUCACUUCCGAGGUCAUUUCAGCAAGUUGGCUUUACAGUACGCUUCUCAGCUGAUAACGGCCAGACCGGCAUCCCCAUUACCUCUGGGCAGACGCUUAAAUUUGACAAUAUCAUUACCAACCUCGGCAAUGCCUAUGAUGCAAGAACUGGAGUCUUCACGGCACCCAUACCCGGAUUAUAUUCAUUCUUCCUGGUCGUCAUGUCUCCGGACGAAACUUCAUAUCUAGUUUUGGCAAUAGUAAAGAACGGCGUACAACUGGAUCUGGUCUAUGGUAACGGUCGAAGUGACCCCGAUGAUCAGGGUUCAACUCAGGUCACCAUGCACCUUGCUGCUGGCGAGAUGGUGUGGGUACAACAAGCGUCUGGAGAAGGUGUUAGGGGAAGUAACUGGACAGUUUUUACCGGCUACCUUCUCGUGGCAGACAAGCCUUCCUAGCAACAUUAACAAUUUGAAAGAGUUCAUAAAAAUGAUGUACUAUUUGUAGGGGAUCCAGAGUUACAGCUGCGCAUGCGCUACAUGGUCAUAGCUUAAUCACUUCCUAAUGACCUGGUAGAAGCUUUAUGUUUGACUAAGCAUUAAAGCUAACAUUCCUUUAUUAUUCU